GCCUACGACGGUACGAGUAAACAAAACUGUUCGGAAUGGAGGACUGUUGCGUCGCGACGGAACAGCUGUAGCGGCUCUGUGGCGAAGUUGGACGCGCGGCGGAGCGCGAACGCCGUUCGCCAGUGGUUUCGGUUUGUGCGCGUCAGUCGGGAGGACAUGGAACUCGCGUCGGUGCGCGGGGGAGGAGAAGUAGGAGCUGUCACGUCGUGAGGGAGAAAGAGAGAGAGAGAGAGAGAGUAAGAGUGAGAGAGAGCAAGCGGACGAGAACACAAACAUAUCCGUGCGCGGAGGAUCGCAGUCAUCGGCACAGAAUCGUCGCUUAAAUGAUUGGGCACGAUGACGCGCUCGAAGAUCCAGAAGAUGAAAUUUUUUCUGUUCCUGUUGAUCUUCCUGCUGGCGCAGACCGCGACCAGCGAGGGCAGCUUUCGGGAGAGGAGAGACGCAUCGACAGUUGGGAGCAAGGAUAAGGUCGAGGACACCGGCGGCAAGGUCGGCGAGCAGCCGGUGGCGGCGACGCCGUCGUCCCCGGGUAAGAACACGAAUGGACAGCAGACUGCAGACGGAGCGUCGGUUAAUACGAAGGCCAAAUCGCCGGCUGAUACGAGCAACAAGACGCACAACAUAACCUCGAAGCCGGACGCCGUUGCCGUCGCCGUCGCCGUCACGAAUAAGACCGCACACGCCGCGGACGCGACCGACGAGCACUCCAGUGAGGGUCACACAACCUUCAACACUGGUGCUCUUGUGCGUGGUUUCUUAGUCUUUGUAGGACUAAGCAUCCUUGUUAUGGCCUACAUCGUGUUCCGUAGCUUUAGGUUAAGUAAGACACGUGCCCAGAUGGUUCGAAAGUAUGGUGUCCUUACGCACAGGCAGGACGUCGAGAUGCGACCACUGCCGUUGGAAGAGGAAGAUGAUGAAGAUACAACAGUUUUUGACGCGAGUAACGUUUUGACGAAUAACAUUCAGCAUCAGAAUACAUAGAAGUAUUCUAUAGUGGGACACACCGUUUGUGCUAUUACAACUGUACGUGUUAUCGGUGUAAAGUUACUCUCAUGGCAUGAUGUGGUUAUAAGAGAUCCAACUAACUCUAUCGUGACUUCUCUCGAGGUAGAUGAACAAGGGGAACUAACAGUCGCGAGACAGACUUAAUCAAUUUUUCAGCGUCUCUAUUCGAAUAAAGUUACAUUUGCUUAGUGCAGCGAGAUAUAUUAACAUCAGAUACGCAUCUGUGAUGCAUUUAUCACUGAUAUAUUGUGCUUUUCGGCAAUAUAGAUGUACUUUUCCUAAAAUGAAAGAAAAAUACAAGAUAUUUCUACCAAUAUAUCUCUACCCUAUUAAUGAAACUAUGUGAUAAUACAGGAUCUUAUCAUCUAUCUGCUGAUGUAAAAAGUUAUAUACAUAUAUGGAUGGCUAUAUCUUUACUCUUGUACGAAUUAUAUUUUAAUUGGA